CCAGCCACGACAGACACCGUGGAGGAGGAAGGGACAGUGUAAGCGGUGCCUCCACUACAGCUCGGGCCGCUACUAUCUGGCGGAUGGGAAAAUGUGGCACGGUAGACACGCCAUGUGACACCUGAUGGUUUGGUGGUCUGGAGGCCUGCUGGUGGCCACGUGGUUACUUCUCGACACCACCACGGCAGGCUUCUCCUGUCUCAGCAACCCCUGCUUCUAUGGCAUCUGCAUGGAUGAGCUCAACAGUUCUUUCACCUGCUACUGUAUCGAUGGCUACACUGGAGUUCACUGCCAGACCAACUGGGACGAGUGCUGGUCUUCACCUUGUCUCAACGGCGGGAUCUGUCACGAUGGAGUUGCCACCUACAACUGUUCCUGUCCGGAAGGCUUUGUUGGUGAGAUGUGUGAGGAGAACAUUGACGAGUGCAGCUCAAAUCCUUGUCACAACAACGCCACCUGUGUGGAUGCAGCCAACGGUUACUCCUGCCAAUGUGCACCAGGAUAUUCUGGUACCUACUGUGAGGUGGACAUCGCGGUAUGUAACAGCACAGAGGACAUGCGUUGCCAGAAUGGUGGAGUCUGCCUCGAGGGUCCUGGCAUCACAUUCUCCUGCUUCUGCGCUCCUGGAUGGACUGGAAAGUUGUGUGAAACACCAAUUGAUGAGUGUGCUUCGAAUCCUUGCCAAAACGGCGCUGUGUGCAUAGAUCUUCAUGCUUCUUAUUCUUGUGCUUGUUUAUUUGGGUUCACGGGGCGGGAUUGUGACCUGGUACUAUCCAUGUGUCCUGCCAACCCGUGCCACAACGACGCCCUCUGCCUGGUGGAGGACGACACCAGCGUCUGUUAUUGCGUGCCUGACUAUCACGGUGACCGCUGCCAGUUCCAGUACGAUGAGUGCCUCCUAGGACCAGGAUGCAAGAAUGGCGGCACUUGUAUUGACGGAGUGGACAGUUUCUCCUGCUCCUGUCCUCCUGACCUAACAGGACAGUACUGCGAGUGUCUCAUCCUCGAGGAUUCCGGUCUGGACUGCAACUACAUCCGGUCAACCACCACAACCACCUCCACCUCCACAACCACAGCUCUUCCAACCACCAUAAUGUCUUCAACGUCCCCCACUAUCCGUACCUCCUCUUUUGUGCCAACUCAGUCUAUUUUUCCUCCCACUGACUUUUUUACUACUGUAGAGACCAGCAGUGCACAAACUGAAACAACCACGUCUUAUGAAACGACAAACGCGACGGAAAUAAAAACCGAAUCGACCACAAAGGAGAUCUCCGAGGCUACCACUCCGACAACGCCUCGAGUGACAGAGACUUCCACCAUGGAAGUUACCACUGAAACGAUUCCAGAAACAACUGUGGAAGAAGUCCACACGACAACGGAAGUGACAGUUACCAGUGUUACAUUGGAUUUGAUAACAACCGGAAUACCAGAGGAAACGCAAAAGACUGAAACGAUUCCACCCACAGUGACUGAACCUACUGCAGAGUCUAAAGCGGUUGAAACGACCGAACCUUCACAAACCACUGAAUCAGAACCUUCAGUUGAUUCCACAACUAAGGGUGAUUUAGAACAAACUACCAGCACAACAAAGUUACCAGCUGAAGAAGUUACCAUAAGGCCACCAAAAGAAAAAACCACCACAGAGCAACCUGCACCUACACAGCAACCAGUUACCACAAAAACAGAGACCACAACAGAAAUGGUAACUGCCACAGAAUUACCACACACCACAAUUGGCUUGGAUUGUAACAACAUGCCUUGCCUGAACGGGGGGACCUGUUACUUCUCAACAAGCGGGGCUAAGUGCAGGUGCAAGCAAGGAUGGAGUGGGAUCAGGUGCGACAACCGUGAGGACAUCGAUGACGCAGCUUUCACCGGCCAUUCGUACUUGAGCCACAGGCUUGCCAACAGUUCAGGCACCGUGGUCAGUGUCGUCAUACGUACCCUGGCACCCACUGGCUUGUUGUUACAUGCCAGGACUGCCCCACACAUCUACAUGGCAGUGUACCUACACGAUGGCCUGCUUAAGUUUGUCUUUACCUGCGGUAUACAGACGAUGCUUUUCAGCGAGCUACAUGAACGGGUUAACACAGGCUUCAGGCUCAGUAUAAUCGCUACGCUGGAGGUGGAGGGGGUUCUGGGAGGAGAGCAGCACUGCUCAGCAUCCCUCUCGGUUAACGACAGCUUGGUGAUGAGUGGGGAGCAGCGAGCUCUGGUGGGCAAGGUGGUCAACUGGAGCGUCCACCAGCCCACUCUACACCUUGGAGGAGUACCACCCCACACAGUGUCUAGCCUGGACAUCCCUGUCACACAGGGCAUUACGGGCUGCAUGCAAGCUUUACAGAGACGAGUCGUUGUAGUAGUAAUCCUGCUCAGUAUGAGAGUAACCGCAGGUUCGGAAAUUUGGUUCAUACACUCGAUCUGUGGGAUAUUAUGCCUGAACAUCUCUAAGGCCAAAUCCGACCUUGUGGGUGCUGACAUAGACUUGGAGUCCUGUGAGCGAAGACUCAAAACAAUGUUCGAUGGACAGACGAGGAAGAUCUACACAGACGCUCUGGACAUGUUUGAGGUGUCCCAGUGUUCCUCCCUGGCCUGUCUAUCCAGUCCAUGCCACAGUUCCUCUACCUGUAUAGAACAGGGAGACACCUGGACCUGCCUCUGUCCCUCGGGGUAA